CGUGCACAUCAAGUUGAAGCACGGGCCUUCUCGAAUUUGGAAGGCUGCGUUCGCACUUGCCUUUACAUCUCACGUUUCCAUCCACAUACGGAAACUUGAUCCCGCUCAUCGUCCCGCUGCACAUUCCAGAGGGCAGGGCAUGAUGGCAGAAGGCGUCAGCGAUGGCUUGGAGAAGCUCUCGCUCCUUUCGUCAAAGCUGCACACUGACAUCGACGAGCUUCUGGACCAAGAGCAACCACGCAAACGAAUCCGCACGUCCCGAGAGGAAGUCAAGGCCAAGCUCACACGGGACUUCCUCACGCCAUCUACAGCAUUCACCCCGACAUGGCUGGAUCGCUUACAGCAGAGAUGGGACGCACCGACAAACUACGAUAACCUCUUUGCCCUGGCCACCACCCAAACCCGGACUGUCAUUCGUUUCACGAGAGAGGGACUCGAGGGCCGCGUGACCGGGUACAAAGAAGUCACCGUCCCUGCCAACAGCGCCACUGCAAAGAACUCGACUUCGCUUCUACGCAAACCGGCGAAUCGAGCGGAUUUCGUGCGUGGCGCCGCGGGCUUCUAUCCCUUUGCCCCUGGUGGUCUGGAUGCUGUCGAGGCGACUGCGGCGUAUGAAGAUGAAGUCUUGCUGCAAAACGGGGUGGACCAGGCUCCUAAAAGCAAGUCUUUGGAUCGUGUGAUUGAUUUUGCCGCCGAAGGGGGUCUACUAGAAGUGCCUCCGGGCUUUGCGAGAGGCCUGCGCGUCCCUGAGCUUGCAUCGUCGGAUGAACAGGCUGCCAAGGAUGUUGAAGAAGCGCUCGAAGAAGAGCCUGCUGAUGCUCCACCUCUUCCGAAUGGUGAAGCACUGCCCAAGGAGAAUGGUGUUAGCGCAGAUGAUGGUGAUAGUGGCGAAGAGGAAGAGGACAUCGAUGCACUUCUCCCCGUGGAAUUUCCAUCGCUGGCUCCGCAUGGACCUCUGGCCAUAGCACGAAACAAACAUGGAGGACGGGAAUGGGCUCAUAUGGUCGACGUCAACAGAGACAUCCCCAACUUCAGCGACCUCGUUCCGGAAAUGGCACGCACCUGGCCGUUCGAACUGGACACUUUCCAGAAAGAAGCCGUUUACCAUCUGGAGAAUGGCGACUCUGUCUUUGUCGCCGCACAUACUUCCGCAGGCAAGACGGUCGUUGCUGAAUACGCCAUCGCCCUAGCAGCCAAGCACAUGACCAAGGCCAUAUACACUUCUCCCAUUAAAGCAUUGAGCAAUCAAAAGUUUCGCGACUUCCGGAACGAAUUCGACGAUGUGGGCAUCCUCACUGGCGAUGUGCAGAUUCGGCCAGAGGCAAGCUGUCUCAUCAUGACCACCGAGAUCCUCCGAAGCAUGUUGUACCGCGGUGCGGAUCUAAUUCGAGACGUCGAAUUCGUCAUCUUCGACGAAGUUCAUUAUGUGAACGAUCUUGAGCGUGGCGUCGUAUGGGAAGAGGUCAUCAUCAUGCUGCCCGAGCACGUCACGCUCAUCUGUCUCUCCGCAACGGUGCCGAACACUCAAGAAUUCGCAUCGUGGGUGGGACGGACGAAGAAGAAGGAUAUCUAUGUCAUCUCCACCCCUAAACGACCCGUCCCAUUGGAGCACUACAUAUGGGCGGACAAGAAGAUGUUCAAAAUCGUGGAUGCCAACAAGACGUUCAUUGAGAAGGGCUGGAAGGAUGCGAACGAUGCUUUGAGCGGUCGUGAUAAGGUCAUUGCGGCAGAGGCGAAAGCCAAAGAGAAAGAGGAAGCCGCCGCGGCUGCUGGCCGAGGCGGUCGCGGAGGCCGUGGUGGUCAACAACGAGGGGGUGGAGCAAAUCAGCGUGGCGGGGGCAAUGGACGCGGCGGCCCACAGCAGAGAGGGCGUGGACAGCCUUCCAGCCGUGGUCAAGGCAACAUUGCUCGAACGGGAAGAGGUGGCGGGCGAACGACUGCGGCCCAGGAUCGAAAUCUGUGGGUGCACUUGGUGCAACAUCUCCGGAAGGAAGAGCUGCUGCCGUGCUGCAUCUUCGUCUUUUCGAAGAAGCGCUGCGAGGAGAACGCCGACGCUCUGUCGAAUCUUGACUUUUGCACGGCGAGUGAAAAGAGUGCGAUUCAUAUGAUCCUGGAGAAGUCGCUCGCUCGUCUGAAGGCGGAUGACAAGCAACUGCCUCAGAUCCGGCGUAUUCGAGAACUGCUCAGCCGCGGAAUUGCUGUGCAUCACGGAGGCCUUCUACCAAUCGUCAAGGAGUGCGUGGAGAUUUUGUUCGCCAAAACGCUGGUGAAGGUGCUCUUUGCCACCGAGACGUUCGCCAUGGGCCUCAACCUCCCUACCAGGACCGUCGUCUUCUCUGGAUUCCGCAAGUUUGAUAACAAAGCUUUCCGAGAUCUCUUGCCCGGCGAGUACACUCAAAUGGCAGGACGUGCGGGUCGAAGAGGGUUGGACACCGUCGGAUACGUCUUGCUGGUCACACCUGGAGCGGAAGAAGCGCCACCGGCUGCCCGACUGAGACAGAUGAUGCUAGGCGACCCGACCAAACUGCGUUCACAGUUCCGCCUCACCUACAACAUGAUCCUGAAUCUCCUGCGAGUCGAAGCGCUCAAGAUUGAAGAGAUGAUCAAGCGCUCGUUCUCCGAGAAUGCCACACAAGCGCUGCUACCUGAGCAUGAGAAACAGAUCAAGGUGUCGGAAGCCGAUCUUGCAAAGGUCACACGGGAGCCUUGCGGCACUUGCGACAAGGACAUUGACGCGUGCCACCAGGCAAGUGUUGACUUUCAACGCCUUACUGCCGAUCUUUACCUUUCCAUGCUGGCGACUCCAGUCGGGCGUCGCAUGUUCCAGCCCAAGCGUCUCAUCGUGUUCAGAGGCAAGAACGACGUUCGAACGGCCGGUGUCUUGCUCAGAGAAGGCGCGAGCAGAGGAAAAGCUCCCAGUGUGCAGGUUCUGGAAGUCGUGUAUCGCAACGCCAGAAAACGCCAGGACGCCGACUUCUUACCCUACCUUCCCCGUUUCCGCCGGCGCUUCAUUCCUCUCCCGGAUACUGAACGUGACAUGCAACUCAGGUUGAUGAUGAUACCGCUGGAAGACGUCGAGGCCCUGACGAGCUCGCACGUCAAAAUCGAUGUCGAUGGUGUACUGAAGAAGGACCCAACAGCCAUGGCUCAAGCAAAGAGCGAGCUGCUCUCCACCUGCUCUUCUUGGACAUCUUCCACGUGGAAUGAGCUCGAUUGGUAUAAAUACCUCAAGGAAAUGUCCCUUCGCACUCUACUUGACCAACGCACCGAGGCCGCCGACACCGCCCAAAAUUGCGAGUGCAUUCAUUGUGCUGACUUUCCCAAGCACUUUGCCAUGGCCCACGAUCAAUGGGUCAUCAAGGACAAGAUCGACUCUAUCCGCCAACUCAUGUCCGACCAGAACCUGCAGCUACUCCCCGACUACCAACAGCGCAUCUCCGUCCUGAAAGACCUUGGCUUCAUCGACGAGAACUCCCGCGUGGAGCUGAAAGGCAAGGUGGCCUGUGAAAUCCACUCCGCCGACGAACUCGUCCUGACUGAACUCGUGCUGGAGAAUGCACUGGCCGAGUUCGAGCCCGAGGAGAUUGUUGCGCUGUUAUCCUGCUUCGUCUUCCAGGAAAAGACCGAGUCAACACCCAACAUCACGCCCGCGCUCGAGCGAGGCCAGGAAGUGAUUGUCAAGCUUUCCGAAAAAGUCAACCACAUCCAGACGCUGCACCAAGUCAUCCUCUCCGCCGACGACUCGAACGACUUCGUCUCCAAACCCCGCUUCGGCUUGGUGGAGGUGGUGUACGAGUGGGCGCGCGGCAUGCCUUUCAGCCGCAUCACCGAUCUGACCGAUGUGCUGGAGGGGACGAUUGUGCGGGUCAUCACGCGCUUGGACGAGACGUGUCGCGAGGUGAAGAAUGCGGCGAGGAUUAUUGGCGAUCCGACGCUGUUCAACAAGAUGCAGACUUGUCAGGAGCUGAUUAAGAGGGAUAUCUGUGCCACGGCAUCGCUGUAUAUGUGAUGUGCUGUAUGGAGAUGGAAUGCUCGGCCAUCGACUUCAGUAGCUAUAGCAAGGUCGUAGAGACUUCAAUUCUACUGUAUAAGGUGCAUCGCGUAUCGUGUGCGUUCCUUCCUAAACCAGACAAGCUCCGCGGGCAUUCCCGUGGACCCUCAAUCAGGCACGUCCCUGAGCUCUCUCCAUCAAAAAGUUGCG